AUGGCGACAAAACUCCCCAAGCUGCCCUCGAUCCGCGAUCUGAUCCGGCUCUACGACCUGCGCGCAAAACAGCAGCUCUCGCAAAACUUUAUAAUGGACAAGAACAUCACCGACAAAAUCCUGGACAAUGCGCUCUGCGUCGAACAGCUGCAGGAAGCGUCAAUGGGGAGGUUCAGCGUGAUUUUAGGCGACAUGCUGGAAAUCAACCACAGCGAGAUUCUCAAGCGCGCCGAUGGAGAGUUCUCACAUUGGCUGAAGAUGGUGGAGGGUCGGCAGGGGAUUUUCAAUGCAGGCUCGGUGUCGAUGUCGCUAAUGUUCCAGAAAGAGGUGGGGCAGCGCAUUGCAGCGGCGGCUGGCGAGCCCAUGCGCGGGCGGCUGUCGGUAGUAGCGCAGGCCCUGUGCGAUGCCUACGAGAUAUACCGGGUGCCUGCAUCGGGAUUCGUACCGCGCCCCAAGGUAGACGCAACGGUGGUGCAGUUGCGGCCAUUAGAGCAGCCGCUGUUGCAGUCGUCGCUGGGAUCGCUCGAGCGCGUGGUGCGGUUUGCGUUCAUGAAGCGGCGUAAGAUGCUGGCGCGGAUCUUCAAGGACUGGGAUGCCAGUCAGCUGCCAUUGUUGGAGGAGUGCGGGAUCGAUCCGAGGGUGCGGCCGCAGGACGUCACGACAGCGCAGUUCUGCCACCUGGCGCAGCUGAUCGAGCAGCGGCAGAUAAGGUUGCCGUGUUGA